UGUUUGUUUGCAGAGAGAAAUCAGGGUGCAACUGUGAAGGAAUCAAAGGACAAAAGGGUGAGAUGGGGUUACCUGGCUAUCCUGGUGAAAAAGGAAUUCAGGGGCAUCGAGGAAAAGAAGGACCUUCUGGAAUUCCCGGUGAAAAUGGAAAUAUUGGAUUUCCAGGCAUGCCUGGACCUAAAGGUUCUAGGGGAGUUUCAGGGACACCAGGAUACUCUGGCCCACCAGGACUACCGGGGUUCCCUGGAAAAGAGGGGCCGAGAGGGCCUCAUGGUCUCCCAGGAUGCAAUGGAACAAAGGGUGAUCCUGGUCCCCCAGGCUCAAUAGGGCAGAUGGGAGCUCCUGGGUGGCAGGGAAUGCCAGGAAUCCAAGGACCUAAGGGAGAUAGCUAUUACUUGCAACCCUCUGGACAAGUGAAAGGACUUUGUGGUUUUCCAGGCAGAGAUGGAGAUAAAGGGUACCCGGGAUUGCCAGGGUUACCAGGACCAGUUGGACCAGAGGGGCCUAGAGGUUUUCCAGGAAUAGACGGCAUUCCUGGACCACAAGGAGAGAAGGGUCUAGAGGGUGGAAGCAUGGUAAUACCUGGACCCAAAGGUCAUAAGGGGGAGAGGGGACCACCUGGUGUACAAGGACAAAAAGGCAUAAAGUUAUUUGUAUCAGGACCAAAGGAGCUUAAGGGUGACCUUGGGGAUCCUGGAGACAUUGGAUGUCCUGGCCCAGCUGGUUUCCGUGGUCGUCCUGGUCCUAAGGGGGAGAAAGGGGAAAUUGGGUGGCCUGGGGGUCCGGGAAAAUCCGGAAAGGAUGGACUGACAGGAGAAUCAGGCCUUAAGGGAAUCCCUGGAGACCAAGGAUAUCCAGGAGUUACUGGAAUAGCAGGGGGAACGGGUCCAAAGGGUGACUGUGGUGCCCCUGGUGUCCCUGGAGAGUUCAUUGUAAUAGAUAAUGGUAUCAAAGGUCAGAAAGGUUUUCCCGGGCUUCCAGGACCUCCUGGUCUACCAGGUAGUGAAGGUUUCAUUGGAAUUCCCGGAUAUACAGGUCCUCCAGGGGACGGCAUCCCAGGACCUAUGGGAAAACCAGGUCCCCCAGGGUUUAGAGGUGUGAAAGGGGAAAGAGGAGAUCCUGUUCCUAACAGGGCAGGUCCCAAAGGACUAGAUGGCCCACCAGGGGAACAAGGACCCCCUGGUGACCCAGGACCUCCAGGAAUUCCAAAAGCCGACCCCCGCCUGGGAGCAAAAGGGUUAAAGGGUGACAGAGGCCUAACAGGCCCUCAGGGUCUGCGUGGAGAUCCUGGGAACCUAGGUGACCAAGGAGAGCUUUGCAGGCUUUGUGCUAUUUCUGUUGCUGACCCUGGACCUCCAGGACAACGUGGAAAUUCAGGAGACCCCGGAGAGCCAGGAGUUGGAGGAUAUCCAGGCAAUAAAGGAUGCCAAGGAUUCAAAGGUCCAUAUGGUCCACCUGGUCCUUCGGGUAACUUAGGUCUUCCAGGGCCUCCAGGGCCUCCAGGACCCAAAGGAGACAUAGAUAUGAGGCAUGUGCUUGGGGAGAAAGGUCAUAAAGGAAACUGUGGUGCAGAAGGACCACUGGGGAUAAAUGGGCAAGAUGGCAGGCCAGGUACCCCUGGCCUUAAAGGACCACCAGGAGCAAAAGGAAAUCCAAGUCCUAUAGGCCCCAAGGGCAAACAAGGAGAUCCAGGGAUUUGUGGGGAACUUGGCCGCCCAGGUCCAAUGGGCAGCCAAGGGUCAAUGGGUGUUGGGCAACCAGGGGCACCUGGAGAGAAAGGAAGUAUGGGAGUAGUUGGCCGGCAAGGAAAUCCCGGAGAACCAGGUGAGAAAGGAUCUUCAGGUCUAGUACAAAUGACACCAGGAAACCCAGGUGAGCCCGGACAGCCUGGUCCACCUGGUCAACAAGGACCUCCAGGUAAUGAUGGUUAUGGAGGAAUUCAAGGAUUACCAGGAUUCAGCGGGUUAAAAGGAGAGAAAGGACCAUCAAUGCCAGGAGGUCCUGGAUUUACUGGUCCCAAAGGAGAUAAGGGUGUGAAAGGGAAACAAGGUCCACCUGGUUAUGGAAGUGUAGGCCGUCCUGGACCCCCAGGACCACCAGGAAAUCCAGGUCCAAAGGGUGAAAUAUCAUUUGGCUCUCCUGGGCCCAAGGGUCGGCCGGGCUUGCCAGGAGAUGAAGGGUGCCUUGGGCAACCAGGAAUUCCUGGCCCCCCUGGAUUAUCAGGAUGUCCAGGUCAAAGAGGAAGGGAUGGGCCACCAGGAGAAAAUGGUGUGCGGGGUCCUGAUGGUUUGCCUGGAAUGGCUGGUGUUUCUGGAUACUGUACGCCUGGAGCCAAAGGCGAUGAAGGGCCUUUAGGCAUUAAAGGGCUAGAUGGACCCAGUGGGCUGCCUGGGCUGAAGGGGCCACAAGGUGAAACUGGACCACCUGGACAUGGUGUACCUGGUAUAACAGGUGAGAUUGGAAUACCUGGAAAAAUCGGAGAUGCUGGUUUGGUUGGUAUCCGGGGAUCAAAAGGUUUCCAAGGUCGGGAUGGCUCACCAGGCUUUCCAGGUACACGGGGAGAUCAGGGAAGUCCUGGAAUGGCUGGUCCACCUGGAGUAGAUGGAAACCCUGGACCACCGGGAUUCCAGGGACCCAAAGGUUUAAUGAGAAGGAAUGGAGUGCCAGGUGAUGUAGGAAAUCCCGGGAAUCCAGGAGACCGUGGGGCUUGUGGUCUCAAAGGACUGCCAUCAAAUGUUAUGAGUCCUGGGGAUCGUGGUGACCCUGGCCUACCAGGUCUUCUUGGUCUACCUGGCCCUAAAGGGGAAUUAGGACUCCCAGGCAAUUAUGGACCAUGUGGGAAGAAUGGAUUUCCAGGCAGACCUGGUCCACCAGGCCCUCCUGGUGACGCUGGCCAGAACGGACUUCCUGGAAAUCGAGGUCCUGAUGGAUACUUUGGGGAUCCAGGAGUCAUGGGGUUUCCAGGAGUGAAAGGCCUCAAAGGUUUACCUGGUGUUCGUGGGGAGACUGGGACUCCUGGCGUCCAAGGUCCAACUGGACCAAAGGGGAUCACAGGUGAACCCAGCCCGCCUGGGCCAGGGCCUCAAGGACAACCUGGUGAAAAGGGUGAGCCAGGCAGUCCAGGGUGUAGAGGGGAAAGGGGUGAAAAGGGUUUAUGUGGGACGAGUGGGCCCCCAGGUUUUUCAGGGGCUCCUGGUGAAAGAGGCGAACCUGGAGUACCAGGAGUUCCAGGACCCCCUGGAGCUCCAGGUGAUGAAGGUUUAAAUGGGUUUUCAGGUCCACCUGGAUGUGAAGGGCCCUGUGGUCCACCAGGUGUUCCUGGUUCAGCUGGAGAUCCUGGGCCUCCAGGACUUCGUGGAGACCAAGGCAAGGAUGGCUUUCCUGGACCAGCAGGGGAUAAAGGAGACAGAGGGUGCCCGGCAAUUGGAGAUCCUGGCCCACCUGGCAUCAAGGGUGAGAAAGGUACUAAAGGCUGUUCUGGACCCCCAGGGCCAUGUGGACUACCAGGACCUUUUGGUCCAGCUGGAGAUAUUGGUCCUCCAGGCCAACUUGGGGAAAUGGGGCCGCGCGGGUUUCCAGGUCCACCUGGUGCCUGUAUCAAUGGUCCAAAAGGGGAGCAAGGCCCUAAUGGAUCACCUGGCCUACAAGGACUCAGGGGACCAUGUGGGCCUGCUGGCGACCCAGGUCCAGGCAUAAAGGGAGAUAAAGGCAACAUCGGGCCCCAGGGGCUUGUGGGAUCACCUGGUUAUGUUGGUGACCGGGGAGUUCCAGGGUUGCAAGGUAAAGAUGGAGAUCCUGGUUUCAAGGGUCCAAAAGGAGAUAUGGGGCCAUUGGGUAUUGCUGGACCAGUCGGCCAAAAAGGACAAUGUGGUCCAAUUGGGCAUCCUGGAUUAAAAGGAUGCAAAGGAAUGCCCGGAACUAAAGGGUCUAAAGGAUGUGAUGUUGUGGCUCAGGUCAUGACUCUCCCAGGAGACCCUGGCUUCCCUGGACAAGUCGGGGAAAAAGGAGAACCAGGAGAACAAGGACCUAAAGGGCUACAAGGUCCAAAAGGAACACAGGGUCAAAGGGGAAGCAGAGGUGCAGAUGGAGUUGUUGGACAAAAUGGGACACCUGGACCAAAAGGAGACACUGGCCCAAAAGGAGCAAAAGGUUUUCCCGGUUUGUCAGGCGAAGUGGGUCCCAAGGGUUCACAAGGUCCACCAGGUUCAAGAGACGGAUUCUUUUUUACCAAGCAUAGUCAAGAAUAUCUGCCAGCCUGUCCUCCCGAGUCAAAACUUGUGUACUCUGGAUAUUCGCUUCUCUUCAUCAAUGGCAACAACCGCGCACAUGGACAAGACCUAGGAACUGUGGGAAGCUGUUUGCAAAUGUUCUCUGCCAUGCCUUUCCUGGUGUGCAAUCCCAACGACACAUGUCACUAUGCCUUUCGAAAUGAUUACUCCUAUUGGCUGUCUACAGACACACCGAUUUCUCCCAACAUGGAAUUGAUAUCUGAUGAUUUGGGCAGUUAUAUCAGCAGGUGUUCAGUAUGUGAGGCACCAUCUAAUGUAAUAGCAGUUCACAGCCAGACUACAGAAAUCCCAGAGUGCCCUAGAGGAUGGCUUUCACUAUGGAAAGGUUAUUCCUUUGUAAUGCAAACGGGUGCUGGUGCAGAAGGUUCCGGACAGCCACUGAUUUCUCCUGGAUCCUGUCUGGAAGAAUUCCGGAUGGUUCCAUUCAUAGAGUGUCAUGACCGUGGCACUUGUAACUUCUAUCCUGAUUCCUUCAGCUACUGGCUUGCAUCACUUGAUCCUAGCAAAAUGUUCAGUACUCCAGUCCGCCAGAGAGUAAGACAGCAAGACAUCAGCCGCUGUCAGGUCUGUAUGAAGCAGUAGUUUUUACGUCAGAGGUGACCUUGGUAAAAGACUUGAACUAUGAACUUCCAUUCGUCAGUUUUUCAUGACUUGUGUAAUGUCAGUAGGAUUUGUGAUGUCAGCCCUCAAGUGCUUCACCCUAAACAACUGGAUAUAUAGUUCUCCCCCAUGAGUGAUUGUCAUUAUGUUUGCUGUGAUCCAGUCCAGGAACAGUUCACUCAGAAAUGACAGUUUCCUAAAAAUGUACUCACCCUCAAGCAUGGCCUGCUGGAGUUACCAUUGGGCUUGACUUGGCUGCAGCCCAUGGGCCCCGCCUUUGCCCAUUUACAUUUGUUCGAUUUGUUCAGUUACUGUAUAUGCAAGUCUUAAGUCUAGCGCACACAAGGGCUAAAUGAGCCAGCCGGGGCUAACAGUUUCCAACUAUGACCUUCGAGGCCAUAAUCAAACAGCAUGAACUGGUAUUUAUAAUUAUUUCACAUAGAAGAAGGACACGUACUGAUCGCGUCUGCUCACAUUACUUUAUCACAUGGCUCACUUUGAACAGCUCCAUUAAGCCUUUAGCCCAAAAGAGCGCACAUAUAGAAAGAUAAUAAUACAUUUGUGAAAUGUUCACACAUCAUUUCAUUAAAGAUGAUGAUUGUAUAUUAUAUUAAUAUUCCACUAAAUUAUGAUAUCUGAAGAGUUUUGAGCGCUGUCUCCCGUCUCACUGCCAUCACACAUGGGGCAGAAAUUUCAUCAAAAUGAUUUAAAAAAAUAAAAAUAACCAUUUAAUGAGUUUCUGUUUUCAUAAAAUAGUAUGCCUAUUAUAGGACUUAUAUCUAUACCUAUAUACCUUACACCUAUCACACAAACAGGGGUCCUGCCCCCCCCCCAAAAAAAUAUCUAGCCAUCGCAGAUGUAAAAUAAAGUACGACUUACUGAACUUUCAGACAAAAAAAUCUGUUUUGGUCCAUUAGAAAGAAAAUAGAACAAACAACAGAACCGCUGUGUCUCCGAGCAACACAGCGUUUUGUUUCUCAGUGUUACACGGACCACAAAUAAUUCCAUCAGGCUAUUAAGUGUCACAAUCCGGUUCAGAAGAUGAUGAAGAAAAAGGUUCAAAUAGGUAUCCAAAGUUUCCUUACUUUAGCAAAGGAAAACCAUUAUCCUCUUGGCUUAUAUCGAAAUCCUCUGACAUUCUUCUUUACAAAUCCUCGUUUUGUGCUUCUAAUUAGUGACCGUUGUUUUGUUUUGA